AUGCCCGGUAACAUGGACUCACAUAAGUCUGCAGCUGCCAAAAUUUUCCAGCCUCUCCAUAGCAGAACUGAAAGCCUCUCCCUAGUCAUACAUACCCAGAGUAUCCAUACCGUCUAUUACAUCUUAAACCAUCCUCCUAUAAUGGAAAACCCUGAUCUGCCAUCCCCCGAAGCUGCUCAGCGAGACAAGUUCGCAGUUUUCAAGACCCAACUAGCCUUGCUAUCCACAGGCUUGGACCAGCUUAUGGACAACCACACCGCGUUCGUGACGCAACAAACAUCCACCAUCACUAAAACCGGCCAGGAGAUUAGCACAAUUAAAAAGGCUUUGGAGAUGGGGCUCCUUCUAAAGGAAUCGGAGAAAUAG